CAAGAAUCUUAUAAAACUAUACCUAAAAAAUUAAGAGAUUAUGAAAGUAAAUACGCUUCCAGAAUUUAUGGUAGUAAGAAUCUAACUCUCCAGCAUCUUAAACUACUUUCGAGAAUCGCAUUAAAUCAAGAAUCUGACUGCCUUGAUGUAAGUGAUAAUUAUACUAUAGGUGAUACAGAAUCAGAGGAGUCCAGCUCUAAAUCUGACCACAACCUAGAGCUAAAAUCAGAGUCUGUGAAAAAUGAUGAAAUUUCUGAAAUUAUCAAUAUAUAUAGCUACUAA